AUGCACGGAGGAAAUUUGCGUAAGGGGACUUGGCUUCAAGAGGAAGAUGAACAAUUGAUAAGCUUUGUGACCCGUCUUGGGGAACGAAGAUGGGAUUCACUUGCUAAAGUAGCUGGACUUAGGAGAAGUGGUAAAAGCUGUAGGUUAAGGUGGUUGAACUAUCUUCGACCAAAUCUCAAACAUGGCCCUUUUAAUGUUGAAGAGGAGAGACUUAUUGUUCAGCUUCAGCAGCAAUGGGGUAACAAGUGGUCCAAGAUUGCCCGUAGGCUUCCAGGAAGAACAGACAAUGAAAUCAAGAACUAUUGGAGAACUCAUUUACAAAAGAGAGUACAAGUUCAACAAGGUGAGUUCAUGUAUGAAGUAGAAAACCUAGCACGUGAUUUCAAAAAUAAAAGCAUUGAUGUGGUUUCCAACAGUGAAGGAGAGACAAAGGAAAGCUCUAUAGACAGUUGUCCCUUAUCAGAUUGGGGAAUGAGAAACUCACCUUAUCAUGAAAGUAGAAUAUCAGAUUGGAUAGAAGAAUUGCAAAAUGGAUUUGGUGAUAAGGAAAUGGAAUUAGGACAAGAAUUUAAUAGUAUAAAUGGAUCAAUAUAUGAUUAUAAUCCCCAGCAAGAAUAUGAUACUUGGGAUUAUUCAGGUUUUCUGUGGGACUUAUGA